GGUUCUGUCUCGUGGUUCUUGCUGCCUUCUCCACCUUUUUUCUUCUUUUAUUCCCCUCAUUUUCUCUUUCUCCCUCUCUUCUUUCAUUCUUCGUCCUUCCUUCCUUCUGAUCCAUCCCUCACCAUUUAAUCGCAUCCUCCUCUUGACUGUAUACUAGACGCGAUCUAUAUCCCCCACCCCAUCUAAUCUCUCGAUCCCCCUCCUCUAUUCGUCCACCCCCAUUGAACCCAUACAGUCCCUCGUGCGCUUCUGCUGACUCCUAUUAAACAAGAGACUCUUCACCAUGGAUUCAAGAGAGGCCGGCUUCCCGGCUUACAUGAUUUACUGUGGUCUAGUGGCCUCAUUAACCUCGCUCUCGAUCGGCUACGUAAUCGGCUCCCCCAACGUCCCCGAGAAAUCCAUCCGUGGUUUCGAUGGCGCCUGUGGUGAGCAGCCCUACACGAAUGAAGGCGGCUUCCCCAAUUGCUUUGAAUACUCUGAUCUGCUCUGGGGUUUUGCUGUCGGUUCCUUCUGUUUGGGAGCCCUCGUCGGUGGACUGUCGGGCGGCACGGUUCAGAACAUCUACGGUCGUCGUAAGACCAUGUUCAUCAGCAACCUCUUCUUCAUCGUCGGUGCCCUCCUCCUUGGAUUGACCUAUCAUCAGGCCCAGUUCAUUGUCGGUCGUAUCAUCGUCGGAUUCGCCUGCGGCCUCGGUGGUGUCGUCGCCCCCACGUACCUUGGAGAGAUCUCCACCAUCAAGGGCCGUGGAGCCAUGGGAACCAUGUACCAGCUCCUCAUCGUCGUAGGUAUCUUGAUCUCCAACUUGAUCGGCCUGGGUCUUAGUCGUCCUCCCCUGUGGCGUAUCCUCCUCGCCAUCAACGGUAUCCCUCCCAUGAUCCAGCUGUUCAUGCUCCCGUCCUUGGUCGAGUCCCCACGCUGGCUCGUCUCCAAGAAUCGUCUCCCGGAAGCUCGACACUCCCUUCAGAAGUUGCGUGGAACCAGCACAGAUGUCGAGCACGAGUUCGCAGACAUGGUUCAGCUGCUCUUGGGACGUUCCUCUGGUACCGCUGGUGGCCGCCCAGCCGCCAGUGACUCUGCAUUCGAAGAUGCCUCCUACAAGGUCGACCCCGAGGCCCCUGUCGCGGCUACCGCCACCGGCGCCCCUCAUAACUACAGUAUUUUCCGCCUAUUCUCGUCCGAGUGCAGGGGUCUUGCCAUCAUCGGUAUCAUAGUUCAUUUCUUCCAGCAGGCUUCGGGUAUCAACGGUCUAAUCUACUAUUCGACCUCGUUCCUGGGUGACGUCUUUGGUGCUGAUAAUGCCAAGUACAUCACCGUUGGUACCUCAGCCUGCAACUUACUCGCAACUCUUGCUUCAGUCUUCCUGGUCGAUCGAACCGGUCGCCGCACACUCUUGUUGAUCUCAUUGGCUGGUGUCGCAGGUUCCUCAAUCCUGUUGGUCAUUGGUGCCUAUACUGACGUCGGCAUCCUGGUCGUGGUUUCCGUCUUCUUGUACAUUGCCUUCUUUGCUAUCGGUCUUGGUCCCAUCCCCUGGUUGCUGCUUUCGGAGUUGCUUCCGACCUACGCUCUUUCACCCGCUUCCUCAGUCGCCACCGCCGUAAACUGGGGUACGAACUUUGUCAUCGGCUUGGUCUUUCCCUCGCUCAACAACGGUCUCGGCAACGGAACCUUCAUUCUCUUUGCCGCUAUCACCGCCGCCGGCUUCCUUUAUAUUUGGUUCUUCGUUCCCGAGACAAGGGCCCGUCCCGUGGAGGAAAUCAUGGCCGAGAAGGGUGUUGCUCCUCGCACGGAUUAUCUGUAAAAUGAUAGGAACUUAGGAAACGAAGUUAGAAGUGAGAUGUAUCCCCCACAAAAAAAAAAAAAAAAAAAAAAGUGUAUUUACUCCAGUCUUAAUAGUAUGUAUUGUGCCUUUCAAUAAAAAAUAAUAAAAUAAUUUUAAACUA